ACAGACGCGGCUCCGUCACGAUCCUCUUCGCGAACCGUUCGUGUCUUACGGCUGUUAACACGUGACUCGCCGUGUCUGGUCGCGAUUCGGGUCACGCAGACAGUGUAUCGUCGAGUCUCGGUUCGCUGGUCGCCUGUUUGCCGCGGAGAAAUGCUUGGGAUACAGGGAAAGGUGCUCGCAGAGGCAACCGGUACGCUGCCGGUUAGUGUCCCGUGAUUAGGGGACUCGAACAAGCCUCGAGUUUAACGUCGCGAGGAUCGCGAUCUUUCUAGAUCAAUCUGGCCAGGCUCCUACGUCCACCUAGUGCUACACAUCGUCAACACAGUUUGAGUGUCGUAAAACAGAAUGUUCGGAAGUUCAUAAGUGCAUCGUGAACGUCUUCAGCCUUGGACGAUAUACUUGGAUACGAGGUUUUGGGGGAAAAACACCAAUUGACGAGGACACGAAAGGCGGAAAUAAAGGUGCAAUCUUGAAAGAAUGAAUCCUCGGGCGUUCCACGCUAGGAACACGUAAUUCCAACCCUGAUCGAGAUCCUUAAUAGAUCGAAACAUGUUGCCGCCCCCGAAAUUGCUGGAGGAGAGUCCUUCGAGGCCGGUCAGCGAGACCAAUACGACGCGAGAUUCGUCGAACGGUUCGACCACGGUGCCGUUGGUCGCUGUGAACGUCGCGGAUGGGAACGACGACGAUCCACCGCCUUACACGGCGAUCGCGCCGCCAAAUCACGUCGGCUGGCUGUUCGACUUUUCCGGGAUUCCGUAUUCCGCGUGCACCGCGACGACCUGCAGAGCAGAGGCUACCCCGUUGGCGCCAUUCCAAACGACCCUGACGUCAGGCUCGGCUUUCCAUCCCGAGGGACAGGACGGUCAGCACACGUCAAUCUCGAUGCCUUUAAUGUCCCACAGGCUGUUCAAAUUCGGCUCCCACAGAUCUCUGUUCGCGCACAGCGGCGUGCCCCUAACGGAUAACAUCUCCGAGUGCAAGGACAGCCACAGAAGAACUCGCAGAUACGGCGCUAUUCUUGUCGCGGCGGCCGUGAUCAUUUUCCUGAUGGUGCUAUCGUUGCUGGUACGGUUCGUCAUGGAGAAGAGCUUCUGGCGAGGUUAGUCGAGGAUCUCCUUGCAAACCAGAAGGCCGCCAAGAUGUCGCUUUUAUGACGCAACGAACGCUUUCCUCCGUUCUAGACUGAAUCUAGAGUAAGCGUUAUCACGGUAUAAUUCCUUUCGUGGGCACAAUUAAGAGCAUAAUUGCCUCUAACCCUCAUUUUGCCCUAAACCGAAACGAUAGGGAUUCGAGUCUCGUGAAUUGUACAUUUCUGUAGUCGAUAAGUGCAAUGUUAACCGUCCGUAGUAUACGAUACGAUUUUUCUACCCUCCGAACAGAGUACUUUUAUAACUUAAACACAAGUUGUCAAUUUUCUGGACAAUCGAUGUACUUAUUGCGAUUAGAAACCAGAAAAGAUAUACUAAUCGAGCCCCCUUAUUGAAUUAAUUUUUCACUUACACUUUUCCUAAUUUUUGUAAAAAAUAGACUUUCUCACGAUAUUUUAUUAAAAAUGAAGGACAUAAGUUUAUUUUAAGAAAAUAACGUGAAAGAAUAGUAAUUGUGAUAUUAUGUUUCAGAAGGAGAAAUAUAUUUCUUUCGAUAGUUAACUAAUAGUAAUGUAACAAUCGAGUGCCACUGUCGUACUGUAUUGUGAUAUUAUUUUCUUGUAGAGAGUGACUUACGCCAUGUAACAAUCGAUGUAUUAAUAAUUGUGACUUAUAUGAAUAUUAUAUGCACUGCAAGGAAAUAAUUAUUACAACGAGCACGGUAUAUUAUUGCCUGCAUAUAUGAAAAGUAAAGUGGGCGAAUGAAGAACAGUAUCUCGUUUACUAUAAUAAAGAAGCUUAUUGUGUGUUGCUAGAUUUGUCAUCGUCUUCUUGACGCGUUAAAAAAUAUACGGUAAGUCGAAGGAACGAUUAUACAGGGUGUUCGACCGUCCUUGGGAAAAAUUUUAA